AAAUUAUAUCAUUUAAUUGACAUAAGAUGGUAAAUUCAUGAAUUCCACGUAUUUUAGGCAUCUCUUUUGAACAUGGUUUAAGGGCAACCGAUAAUUGAAGUCACAUUGGAUGGAAUAGAGACUCGGAAACACACUAGAUUUGUGGAUAAACAACUAGGUGCAUUAAAAUUGCCGGUUUACACAGGUGAUGAUGACAUCUCAGGCGUGGUGGAAGUGAAGAUGAAUAAAUAGAAGAAAAUAGAACACAUGGGUAUAAGAAUCGAAUUGGUUGGACGCAUAGAAAUUAUUAAUGAUUAAAAACAGAGCUCAGAUUUUAUGUCUAUGUCCAGAGAAUUAGAACCUUAAGGAAUCCUAUUUGAAGACAAAGCUUAUAAAUUUUAAUUUUAGAAGUUCGAAAAGCAAAAUGAGAGUUAUUAUGGCAAUACUGUGAGAUUACGAUAUUACUUGAAGAUUUACAUGACCAGAAGUUAUGGCAAAGUAUAGAAGGAAGUGGAUUUUGCUGUUUUAAUCUCUUAACCUGAAUUGGAGGAACAACCUUAAACAUCAUUAAAAUUAGAAGUUGGAAUUGAAGAAUGUUUGCAUAUCGAUUUUGAAUAUUUCAAGAGUAAAUAUCAUUUGAGAGAUGUCGUUACAGGAAAAGUGAAUUUCUAUUUGGUCAAAAUCAAAAUAAAAUAUAUGGAAUUGGCAGUGAUCAGAAAGGAACAAUAUGGUCAAGGACAAUAACAAUAAACAGACAACGAGACACUUGUAAAAUACGAAUUGAUGGAUGGUUGUCCUUAAAAAGGAGAAGUGAUCCCAAUCAGAUUAUAUUUAAGUGGAGUCGAUAUCACACCAUCUGUUAAGAAUGUUAAUGGCAAAUUUAGUGUUAAAUACAUUCUGAAUCUGAUUUUAGUAGAUGAAGAUGAUAGAAGAUAUUUUAAAUAACAAGAGAUAACAAUAUAUAGAAAGAAAUGAUGUAUUAAUAUCAUUAUAACACAUCUAU